AUGGUCAAACCUCCAACGUACGAGGAGAGGUGGAGCCAGAAUACACCAAGGAAGAAUGACCUAAAGGAGUCAAACAUUUCGAUGAAGAAAUACCACCACAAUCCAACAUUCGGCAGUAUAGCACAAGUUGUGAAUGUGCUUGUUGGACGACCAAUGCAUGUUGCAAUGGUAAAUGGAUUGAAAAGAAAGGCAGCAGCGAUGGCGAAACUGGUCCACCGUUUAUCCUUCCUAGGAGAAGUAAAAAGCCUCGAAUUUCCUGCCUCUCCAGACUCUGCUAUGCUGAUUAAAGCAUUUGCGCUCAAAAGGUCGAUUAAUAUGUAUAGUAGAUACGUGAAUGAGGGAUAUAUCGAGGAGCUCGGGAGGAGAGAGAAGAGGGGGAGGAACAAUGGUGCCUGA